CCCCCCCCACCCCCGCGCGAAUCCACAGGCAGCCGCGGCGUGGUGGAGCCAGGAUCACCAGCCAGCGCCCGCGCCCCGCGGAUAAAAGCGCCCGCGCGGCCGUGAGAGGGAAGAGGCGGAAGCAGAGCCAGCGUCAGCGCGUGUGGUCGGGUGGCGGGCCGAGGAGGGCGCGCGGCGAUGGCGGCGGCGGCCGUGGCGACCGUGACCUCCCCAUCCCCCGCCUCCAGGCGGCUGCUUCCCUCCUGCUCCGCCGCCCCGUCCCUCCUCCGGCUCCCGCGGCCGGGCAGGCGGCUCCGGCGCGCGCUGCUGGUCGUCUCGGCGGCCGCUGCGGCGGGGGACGAGGCGGACGUGCUGCCGGGCCCCGGGGGCGAAGCGGAGGCGGCGGUGCCGGGGAGGCUCGAGGAGCCGCGGGACGAGCCGCUGGGGGGGAGCCAGCUCGACAUCGGCGGGCUCGCCUUCCAGGGUGACGUGGGCGGGGGCUUCGCCGGCGGCGGCGGUGGGGCGGGCUCCGGCGGCGGGGGCGGGAACAAGACGCUGGACCGCGGGAUCAACACGGCCAUCGUGCUCGGGGCCAGCACCUACGCGCUCACCAAGCUCCUCACCGUCGACCAGGACUACUGGCAUGGGUGGACGAUCUUUGAGAUCCUCCGGUACAUGCCCGAGCACAACUGGUCGGCAUACGAGGAGGCUCUCAAGGCCAACCCGGUUCUGGCCAAGAUGAUGAUCAGUGGCGUCGUCUACUCCCUCGGUGAUUGGAUCGCGCAGUGCUACGAAGGCAAGCCGAUCUUUGAUUUUGACCGUGCUCGGAUGUUCCGGUCUGGCCUUGUUGGGUUCACUCUUCAUGGGUCACUUUCUCACUACUACUACCAUAUCUGUGAGGCACUGCUCCCAUUCAAGGAUUGGUGGGUUGUCCCGGCAAAGGUUGCAUUCGAUCAGACAAUCUGGUCUGCAGUUUGGAACAGCAUCUACUUUGUGGUCUUGGGUUUUCUUCGGUUGGAAUCACCUACCACUAUCUACAAAGAGCUCAAGUCCAUGUUCUGGCCCAUGCUUACGGCUGGGUGGAAGUUGUGGCCUUUUGCGCACUUGAUUACAUAUGGUGUGAUUCCUGUUGAGCAAAGGCUUCUAUGGGUCGACUGUGUGGAGCUAGUCUGGGUCACGAUACUGUCAACUUACUCAAAUGAGAAGUCGGAGGCAAGAAAUUCUGAUGGUAUCUCCACACCAGAUGCUUCAAAGGACAACUCUAGAUAGCAACUAGAGACACCAUGGAAGCAGCUUUGCGUUACAUCGUUUCAGGGUUGAUGUAAAUUGUACAAUUUUUGCUGCAGCAGCUCUGCAGGUGUAACCUUUUUCGUUCUUUUAUAGAUAUACAUGAAACACGAAUUGUGCAGCAUGUGCCAUAGACAAUUAGAAAGAAAUUAGCUUUGCUCUAGAACUGCCGAUGAAAUCAGAUUUGGACGGAAAUGCAGCAAUCAUGGACUCGUGGUCCUGAAAAUUUUGCCAGUUUUGCGCACCCGGACUAUCUUGCUGGUUAUCAGUGGCCGAAGCCAUACUGGACCGGUGUACGCAGAGUUGGACGGUAAUGCAGCGAUCAGUGCCAGAAGCCAGAGGAAGCCGCGGAAGAAAGGCCAACUUGUUAAAACUUGAAGCGCCGGUCGCCACGUUGGCCAUACGGGAUUUCUACCAAGGAAGCGAGAUGAGCAUCAAGGGUGGACAACUGGGGAGGUACAAUGCUUGUUUGCUUUCACUUGAACCAAGUUUUUCUUAAUGCAAAAACAGAGCGAUUCUGUACAACUGAACAAGCAGAAAAAAAGAAAGAAAAAAAAACAGAGAAACUCUAGUGCAAAUGCCUGUACGCCAGUAUGUGAUAGAACAAGCAGAAAAGUAAGGGGAGAAAAAGCUCUUGUACAGGUACCUAUACGCCAGUAUGUGAUAUGUAAUGAUAUGCAGCUCAAUUUGUGUACCUUCCAAACCAUGAAACCGACGUAGAGAUGCAGCACAUCAACUGAUCAACA